UUUUAUUUAUUAAUUAAUAGAACAUAAAAAGACCUUCCUAUCUUAUUUUUUUCCUGCCCCUGUAUAAUUGCACUGCAUGCAAAGCGAUCUACGUUUUACAUUUCAACCACUUAGCUGUACUUUCAUCCCGUGAGAUCGUGAUACUAUCAUGUUAUGCUGAUUAUAACCAUGAUGACAGAUCUUAUCUUCUUAUAUAGAGUAAUCAAUAAUAAAACCACAGCAAUCAAAACCCAAAAGCACAUUGGACCAAUGAUUUCUGACGACAAAUACUGAGAGAACCAAAAGCAGCAUAGAAACCGAUGCCUUCGCCUAGCUACAUGCUGAUCCAUCGCCAUGUGACAUCUGAAACCAAAACUAAACAGUCUCUCUCAAACUCUCUUCCAGCUUUUUUUUUCAUAUUAGUUUAAUCCUCAUUCAAUAAUUAGGCAAGAAUCGGAUUUCGGAAUUCAAAACCCCAUAACCUUAACUAACGCUGCAACGAUUUUUUGAUUAAAUCCCCCACUUGUUCAUUUUUGGUGCAAAAACGAAACGCCAACAAAUCUCUAGCUUCCUUCUCAUAUCAUAUCACGGUUUGUUACUCUCAUUUCUUCUUUUCUACUUCUUCACGAACCCGAAUCGGAAAGACCUCUCUCUACCACUCCUUCAACGUCAGGGUAGGUUAAUUGGUUUCUCUCUGUAAUCUUUUAAGAGAAAAUGUCAGAGCAGAAGAAACCCCCCAAAAGCAGAGUUUUCUAUCUUAGAAUGAAGCUCCUACACAAACAAGGGAACAAACCUCAACAAGACAAGAACAACAACUGGUUUCACACAUAUUACAAAUGGGUUCUCUGGCUUUCUUUCUCCCUCUAUUUCUUCACUUCCUAUCUCAUCACCAGCAACCCCAACAACACUAACACACCAACGUCUCAUGUUUCAAACUCCGAAUCCAACGUUGUCCCUCGUACCCUUGUCGAAUCCACUUCCAACACUCUAGGGGUGCUGAAGAAUAUGAAGGUGUUUGUGUACGAGCUUCCUCCAAAGUACAACACCGAUUGGCUUGCGAACGAGAGGUGUAGCAAUCAUUUAUUCGCUUCGGAAGUUGCUAUUCACAGGGCAUUGUUAACAAGCGAAGUUCGCACGUUUGACCCAUACGAAGCUGAUUUCUUCUUCGUCCCCGUUUACGUGUCUUGCAACUUCAGCGCCGUCAAUGGCUUCCCGGCGAUUGGCCACGCGCGCACUCUCAUAUCCUCCGCCGUCAACCUGGUCUCCACCGAAUACCCAUUCUGGAACCGCAGCAGAGGAUCCGACCACGUCUUCGUCGCUUCCCACGACUUCGGCGCAUGCUUUCACACCCUGGAGGACGUGGCCAUGGCUGAUGGAAUACCGAAAAUUUUGAAGAACUCGAUAGUGUUGCAGACAUUCGGCGUCAUUCACCCGCAUCCGUGUCAAGACGUUGAGAAUGUGGUGAUACCGCCUUACGUAUCGCCGGAAAGUGUACGGAGCACGCUGGAGAAGUUUCCGGUGAACGGACGGCGAGACAUUUGGGCGUUUUUCCGAGGGAAAAUGGAAGUACAUCCUAAAAAUGUCAGCGGACAGUUUUACAGCAAGCGAGUGAGGACGGAGAUAUGGCGGAAGUUCAACGGUGAUCGGAGGUUUUACCUGCAGAGGCGUAGGUUUGCCGGUUACCAGUUGGAAAUUGCACGUUCGGUGUUUUGUUUGUGUCCGUUAGGGUGGGCUCCGUGGAGUCCGAGGUUGGUGGAGUCGGUAGCGUUGGGGUGUGUGCCGGUUGUUAUCGCCGAUGGGAUACGGUUGCCGUUUUCCUCCGCGGUGAGGUGGUCGGAGAUAUCGUUGACGGUAGCUGAGAGGGACGUGGGGAAGCUGGGGAAGAUUCUUGAGCGCGUGGCGGCGACGAACCUUAGUGUCAUUCAGAAGAGCCUGUGGGACCCGGGGACAAGGCGGGCCCUGCUUUUCAACAACAACAAGAAGGUUGAGGAAGGGGACGCCACGUGGCAAGUUAUGGUUAGUUUGAGUGAGAAGCUGGGUAGGUCUUACCGAAGGUCUUUGGUUGGUGACCAAUUGAAGAGUGACACGUAAUGCAUUACAAUAGGGUUUGAAGUAUGAAGUUGGAUAAAGGAAUUUUUCGUUCCAGUGUUUUCAUCAGAUGACAAGAAUUGCUUCGUUGAGUUUUCAUUUUAAUCAUUCUUUUCUUAAAUUAUUUUUUAUGUAAAUAAAUUGGAGAUUGUACUUACAGAUGACUAUUAUUAUUACAUAUUAAAUUAAUGAACAAAGGUUAUGAAUUUGGACAGCGAAACGAUUGAUUAGUUUGUAUGGAGUGGGGGUGUGUCAGAACUUUACAGUGUUUUUAAUGUUAAAUUUGGGAAGUAGGGAAGGUGUCAGCGGUCACGAAUAUGGUAUGUUAUGGCCCAUGGUUAUGCUGUCACUUUAAUAUUUCUUUUUAUCAAUAGAUAAAUAUUGUAUACAAAAACAUUUAUUCAUCUGAUAUUACUCUUCCUCUUU